CAUUAAAUCUUUAAAAAAAAAAUCUUAAUGCUAUUCCUCAAUUCCGUCAAUUCUCCUUCUUCGGGAGAAAUGAGACCCAAUCAACAUUCUCAACCGCCGGCAGUUGGCGGCUCUUCCUCCGCCAAUAGAAACCGCCCACGUAGGCUGGCGGAACUAACCGUACCGCUUCCUCAACGAACCGUAUCCCUCCCCGUCCCUCUUCCACUUCCUCCGGCUUCCAGCGCUGCUCAGUCAACCUGCUCCAACGGUAACGCUAACUCUAAACAAGUCAACUUAUCGGAAAUCGAUCGGGUCAACCGAAUAGGAAGCGGCGCGGGAGGCACCGUGUAUAAAGUCAUCCACCGUCCUUCGUCUCGCCUUUAUGCACUUAAGGUCAUCUACGGGAACCAUGAAGAGACCGUCCGUCGUCAGAUCCGUAGAGAGAUCGAAAUCCUCCGUGAUGUUAAUCAUCCUAACGUUGUCAAAUGCCAUGAAAUGUACGAUCAAAAUGGCGAAAUUCAGGUCCUAUUGGAAUUCAUGGAUGUUGGAUCUUUAGAAGGGACUCAUAUAUCACACGAAUCUAACUUAUCGGAUCUAGCUCGACAAAUCCUCAAUGGUUUAAACUACCUUCACCGGAGACACAUCGUUCAUCGCGAUAUAAAACCCUCGAAUCUGUUGAUCAAUUCGAAGAAGAAGGUUAAAAUAGCUGAUUUUGGUGUGAGUCGGAUCUUGGAUCAAACCAUGCAUCCAUGUAAUUCAUCCGUUGGGACAAUAGCUUACAUGAGCCCUGAACGGAUCAACACUGAUUUAAACCAAGGACAAUACGAUGGUUACGCUGGUGACAUUUGGAGUUUAGGGGUUAGCAUAUUGGAAUUUUAUUUAGGGAGGUUUCCUUUUGCGGUGGGAAGACAAGGUGAUUGGGCCAGUCUUAUGUGUGCAAUUUGUUUGUCUCAACCACCGGAGGCACCGCCCACUGCUUCUUAUGAAUUUAGGCAUUUUAUAUCAUGUUGUUUGCAGAAGGAUCCGACGAGGCGAUUGACGGCAGCUCAAUUAUUGCAGCAUCCUUUCAUAAUCAGAGGACAAAAUCAGGUUGCUCAAAAUUUACACCAAUUAUUACCCCCUCCACCACUUUCCUCUUAGUUUUCUUUCCAUUAAAAAAAUAAUUAUUGUGUAAGUUUUGAAAAUGAUGAGGAAUUGGGGUCAAUUGGGUCAAUGGUCUUUCUUUCUUUUCUUAAUGUUUCAGUUAAUCAAUCCUCGUCUUUUUAUAAAACAUAGUUUUACUUUUAACAAUAUUCAAAAGAAAAAGAAGAAAGGAGAAACAAAAAAUGCUGUUAUAUCAUGAA